UGUAGACCAGACGGGUGAGGUAGUGGAGACCGCGAUACUGAACCCAGAUAAAGCGGAGAGACGCUCGUGUCGCAACACAAUCGAAGGAGAAGCACAGAGGCAUCUCUAAAAUUGGAAACCCAUGCCCACCUGGAAAGGAACACGGGGAAAACUAUAUCUGCAGGAAGUCACAGGAGCACAGAGACAAUAACCUGAAAAGGGAUACAAAUAGGGAUAUUCCCCCCUCUUCCCCAAAAAUGGAUAUAAUGUAGGGUACUACUCGCAAACUGAAUGAUUUUGUAUGAUUUCUCCUUUACUCAGCGGCGACGAAGGGUUGCAAAUACAUCUGCAUACAAAUUGGAUUUUUUUCUGUUAUAACGGACGCACAGAUAAAGAACUAGAGCAGGAACAGAUGAAUGCUUAGGAGGAAGCAGUCGGCAUGAGGGCAGUGGCUUCGGACAGAGGUACAGGGAAGGCUACGAUGGAUCCGCUGCAGAAACAAGGGACCUGGAACAAAAAGAUGCUGCUGUUGCUGUACGUUGCCCUGGAGCUUAUGACCGUACACUCGUCCACAGUCCUGGGAACACUGGAGCUACAGCUGGAUGAGGAGCAGCCUGCCGGCACCAUCGUGGGGGACAUCAGCGCCGGCCUGCCCCCCGGCGUCACAGCCUCACUCUUCUUCAUCUCGGACCACGAGGGCACUGGCGUGGGCAGCGACCUCAACAUCGACGAAACCACGGGCAUCAUCAAGACGGCCAAAGUGCUGGACAGGGAGGUGAGGGACCGGUACAACUUUAUCGCCGUUACCAUGACUGGGGUGACGGUGGAGGUGACCAUUGUGGUGAAUGACAUCAACGACCACGCUCCGACGUUCCCCAGAAAAAGGGCCACCUUCAAGAUCCCGGAGCAGACGGCAGUGGGCACCAGGUUCCCCCUGGAGCCGGCCCCAGAUGCUGACAAGGACCAGCUCUCGACCCAGGGCUACCUGAUCAAAGAAGGGAAUGUGGGGCAAGCCUUCCUCCUCGAAACUAGGAGGGGUGCUAACAAGGUGCUCUACCUGGAUCUGGUCGUCAACGCCAUUUUGGACAGAGAGAAACGGUCGUCCUACACCUUGCUUCUGGAAGCCUUCGAUGGUGGCUCCCCUAAGAAGACCGGACAGAUGAUCUUGGACGUUUCUGUGCAGGACAUCAACGACAAUGCUCCCGUCUUCAAUCAGAGCCGCUACCACGCUAUGAUCUCAGAGAACCUGCAGCCGGGUAGCAACAUCCUGCAGGUAUUUGCUUCAGAUGCUGAUGAGGGAGACAAUGGAAUGGUGCUGUAUGAGAUUAACAGGAGGCAGAGCGAUCCGGAGCACUACUUUGUCAUUGAUCCUCGCAGUGGUGUGAUCACCCUUAACAAACCUCUGGACUAUGAGAUGAGGAGGGUCCAUGAGCUGGUGGUGCAGGCCAGAGAUAAUGCCACUCAGCCGGAGGUAACCAACGCUUUCGUCACCAUCCACGUGCGUGACUACAAUGACAACCAGCCCACCAUGACCAUCAUCUUUCUCAGUGAGGAUGGCUCGCCCCGGAUCUCUGAGGGGGCACAGCCUGGCCAGUAUGUAGCCCGGAUCUCUGUGACUGACCCAGAUUACGGCGAGUACUCCAACGUCAACGUCUCUUUGGAAGGUGGAGACGGCAAGUUCGCCUUGACCACUAAGGACAACAUCAUCUAUCUCAUAUGCGUGGACCAGAUCCUGGACCGUGAGGAGAGGGACUCCUAUGAGCUGCGGGUAAUGGCCACUGACUCCGGCACCCCUCCGCUCCGUGCUGAGUCCUCCUUCACCAUCCAGGUCACCGACAUCAAUGACAACCCUCCACUCUUCGACCAGCAGGUAUACCGGCAGACCAUCCCAGAGGUGGUCUUCCCUGGCAGCUUCGUGCUCCAGGUCACAGCCAGGGACAAAGACCAGGGCCCCAAUGGGGACAUACACUACAGUAUCCUGGAGGACCAUGGGACACACUCAGACUGGUUCGCCAUCGACCCCGUGACAGGGAUAAUCACCACCUCCACGCAGCUGGAUUACGAAACGGACCCUGAGCCUAAGGUGAUGGUGGUGGCCACCGACGGGGGGCGACCGCCACUUUCGUCCACGGCUGUGGUCAACGUCAUCUUGCAGGAUAUAAAUGACAAUGAGCCUGUUUUCAGCAGCAACUUCUACAAUGUGUCCAUCAAGGAGAACACGCCUGCCGGGACCUGCUUCCUUGAGGUGACGGCGACCGACGCGGAUGCCGGCUCCUUCGGGUCCAUAACCUACUCCAUGGGGUCCGGGAUUGGCAGCGUCGUCCCCACGCAGUUCGCCGUCGGCAAGGACACAGGCCAGAUCUGCACCACCGUGACGCUGGACCGGGACCAGGGCCAGUCCAGCUACGACUUCACCAUCACCGCCGUGGACGGGGGCGGCCUGAACUCGAUGGCCUACGUGAAGGUGUACCUGCUGGACAUCAACGACAACGCACCCACCUUUUACCCGGUGCACUACGCCGUCAGCCUCAGCACGCAGAGCGCCCCCGGGACCUCCGUCGUCAGGGUGACGGCCUACGACCCCGACGCGGGGAAGAACGGCAGGGUGACGUACCGCGUGGCCCCUGGAGGCGGCUCCACAUACUUCACCCUCAACAAGGACACAGGCGUGAUCUCUCUGUCCCGCUCUCUUCACGGGAAGGCCAACUCCAUCAUACCCAUGGUGAUCGCAGCCCAGGACGGGGGCGGGCUCACGGCCCCCGUCAACGCCAAAAUCAACAUCAGCAUUGUGGCCGGCUCGGUGGCGCCCCCGGUGUUCGAACAGACGCAGUACUACUUCACAGUGUCCGAGGACGUGUUGCGAGGCACAGAAGUGGGUGUAGUGCGGGCGAGCAGCAGGAACGGGUAUUCCAAGGACAUGUCCUACACCAUCUGCUCCGGUGACCCAGACGGUUACUUCACGGUGGACUCGGAGACCGGCGCUCUGCGGACAAGCUUGCCGCUGGACCACGAGGCACGGCCGUUUCUGGACCUGGAAGUCCAGGCGCAGAGCGGCUCUCCUCCCGCCUUCGGGCAGGCCCGGGUGCGUAUCACCAUCGCCGAUGUCAACGACAACGCCCCCACCUUCCUGCCCUCAUCCUCCGAGUCCCUCCUCCUUCCCGAGGCCACCAACAUGGGGGCAGUGGUGUACCGGGUGCGGGCGGAGGACCGAGACUCGGGCUCCAACGGGCAGCUGAGCUACGACCUGGCGGGUGACGGCGGCGGCCAGCGCACCUUCAGCAUCGACCGCAGCAGCGGGGAGAUCCGCCUGGUCGGCUCGCUGUCCUACGAGAGCGUGCCGCGCUACGACCUGCUGGUGACGGCCAAGGACGGCGGGGCACCCCAGCUGAGUGCCACAUUCAUGCUGGUGGUGCACGUGCAGGCCGAGAACGACCAGGGCCCCGUGUUCGACACGCUCACCUACCGCGUGGAGCUAAAGGAGGGCACGCCCCUCAACACCCGCUUCCUGCAGGUGCGGGCACUGAGCAGGGAGGCCGCCGGGACAGGCGGCGGGGGUGCAGCUGGCACGACGCCCUCGGGCACACUGGCGUACCACCUCCGUCCGGAUGGGGACGCCGCUGGGUUCGGCAUCGCCCCUGACAGUGGGUGGCUGUUUGUGAAGAGCGCCCUGGACAGGGAGGCUAAGGACCUGUACCUGCUGACGGUGCUGGCCACAUCCGGCAGCGGGCAGCUGAAGAAGACGGGCAGCGCCACCGUGCGCGUGUCCGUGACGGACGAGAACGACAACGCCCCCCGUCUCACGCAGGAGCGGGCCUUCCUGGCCGUGCAGGAGAACCUGCCCCCGGGGACCGGAUUCGGGAGAGUGUCAGCCACUGACCGGGACGCCGGCCUGAACAGCCGUCUCACAUACCGCCUCCUGCACACAGACCGCAACUUCCAGAUCAACUCCCAGACAGGCGAGAUCAGCACCAGGACGGGUCUGGACCGGGAGCAUCAGUCCAGUUACCAGCUGGUGGUGGUGGUGCAGGAUGGAGGCACACCCCCACGCAGCGCCACAGGUACCGCCCACAUCACCGUCCUGGAUGUUAACGACAACGUCCCCUCCUUUACUCAGACCCAGCCCGGGAGAGAGCUGGUCAUGCAGGUGAUGGAGGGGCAGCCUUCUGGCUCUCUAAUUGGGACAGUGCUGGCCAAAGACCCAGACGAGGGGGAAAACGGCACCAUCUAUUUCUCUCUGACGGGUCCCAGGGCAGAGCGCUUCUCUCUCAACCCUAUCACAGGAGAGCUGCGCUCGUCCUCCCCUCUGAGUCACGCAGACAGAGCCGAGUACAACUUCACUGUGACCGCCACUGACCGAGGACUGCCCCCCAGGAGCUCCUCAACCACGCUGCGUGUACAGGUUCUCAGCUCUAGCAAGAGUACCCCCAACCCCAAUUCUUUCUCCAUGACAAUCAACUCAAUUGAAGGAGCCAAACCAGGAUCCAUCAUUGGCUCAGUUCGAUCACAUGAUCAGCAGCAGGUACCAGAGGCAGGUCAGGUGACCUACAUGGUGGUGGGAGGCACGGACCGGGACGGCACGUUUGUUGUGGAUCGUCUGACUGGGGACGUGUACCUGGCCCGGGAGCUGGACUACGAGCAGGGCGCCCGCUACACCCUGCAGAUCGAGGUGGACGACUUCUCCAAGGCCUAUCCCAGCAGCCACCUGGUCCAGCUGGACAUCGACGUGCAGGACAGCAAUGACCAUUCGCCCCAGUUCCCGGAGGAUCCGAUCACCGUUGUCAUCCCCGAGAACAUGGAGCCCGGCUCCUCCAUUUACACCUUCCAGGCUGUGGACAAAGACGGCAGCGGGCCCAACAGCGAGGUGCGCUACUCCAUCCUGCACCGCUGGCCCGAGGACUCCGACCUCCUGAUCCUCGACCCCUCCAGCGGAGUGCUGUCCUUGGGCCAGGCGCUGGACCACGAGGCCACCCCCUCUCUCUUCCUGGUGGUUCAGGCCACUGACUCCGCCCCCGACGCCAGCCAGCGCCACCGGGCCUCUGUCACAGCCCGCAUCUUUGUGACGGACGAGAACGACAACGCGCCUGUCUUCAGCUCACCCACGGCUGUCAGCGUGAUGGAGGACCAGCCCGUGGGCUUCGUGGUGCUCUACGUCAUGGCCCGGGAUGCCGACCAGGGGGAGAAUGGGCGCGUGUCCUACCGCAUCCAGGCUGGGAACUCUGGAGGGAAGUUCAAUCUCAAUCCCAACACUGGUUCCCUGUCUAUCCUCAAGCCCAUUGACCGCGAGGAGCAGGAACUCUACAACCUAACCAUUGUUGCAGAGGAUCAUGGGAUGCCUCCGCAUUCCACUUCCCAGCUCUUGUCAGUCCACGUGAUCGAUGUCAACGACGAGGCACCGUGGUUUGAGCAGAGCGAGUUUGAAGCCCAGAUCUUUGAGAACCAGCACCCCAGAGCCACGGUGCUGACAGUAACGGCCUCUGAUCGGGACCAAGGGACCAAUGGCCUCGUGACCUAUGGAGGCAUCGCAGAGGAGGGCUUCACCAUUGAUCCGGUGACAGGUGUCGUGUCGGCCACCAGGGUACUGGACAGGGAGGUCCAGGACCACUACACUUUGACAGUGUACGCCAAAGACGGCGGCCUGCCGCCAAACUUUGCCAAGGCGACGGUGCGGAUCACUGUGCUGGAUGAGAAUGACAACAGCCCGGCCUUUGGGAGGCCUCACUACAGCCUGGAAGUGCCUGAGAACCUGGAGCCCGUGGAGCUGUUCACCCUGAGGGCCACCGACCAGGAUGCCGGGGACAGCGGAGAGGUGGAUUACAGGAUCGUGGCUGGAGAUCCUGACGGUGACUUCCACCUGGACAGCAGUUCAGGUGUGCUGUCCACCUCCCGGCCCCUAGACAGGGAGAGGAAGGCCAGGUACGCGCUGACCGUGGUGGCCCGGGACCAUGGAGCACCUUCCCUCAGCAGCACGACCACCAUGGAGGUGACCGUCCUGGACGUCAAUGACAACAGCCCCAGGUUCGAGAGCGGCAGCUACUCUGUGGAAAUCCCCGAAGACGCGGCCGUGGGGUCGCUGGUGCUGGAGGUGACGGCCAGCGACGAGGACGAGGGCUCCAACAGCCAGGUGCUGUACUUCCUGAGCAGCGAGUCGCGGGGCAUGUUCUCGGUGGACGCCAGCACGGGCCGGAUCACCACGGCGGCGGCACUGGACCGUGAGAAGCGAGCCGCCUACAGCUUCCUGGUGUGCGCUAUGGACUCCUCCCCUGCCAACCCCCGCAACACCACGGCACAAGUGACUGUCCAUGUCCUCGACGUGAACGACAAUGCGCCCUUCUUCGUCCAGGACCCGCUCAUCAUCAACGUGUCCAGCGGGAGCCUGUCCAGCCAUCAGGUGGUGGCCACGAUGAGGGCUGAGGACAAGGACUUUGGGGCCAACGGCUCUGUCUUCUACCGUUUCGCCACCCCCGUCAGGGGCUUCACCAUCAACUCCCUGACGGGGGACAUCCAGGUGACAGAGAGGCUGCAGUCCCUGACCCAGAGCCAGCGGACCCUGAUCGUGGAGGCCAUGGACCAGGGCACGCCCUCCCAGUCAUCCCUGGGGGUGGUGGUCAUCUAUGUCAAGGAGCAAGAGUACAGGGGCAUUCGCUUCUCUCGCAACACCCGGGACGUAAGCAUCCAGGAGAACGCAGCCAAAGGUACCGCUGUGGUGCAGAUCCAGGCACAGUACCCUGAUGGCUCUCGCAGUGGUAUCAGCUACAGCAUCUUCAGCGGCAACCGACUGCAGUCCUUCAGCAUCAGCACCACCACAGGUGAGAUCUGGGUACAGAGCUCCACUGGCCUGGACUUUGAGGAGACCCCUAGACUCCGCCUAGUGGUGAAGGCCGAAACUGCAUCCUCCAGCUCCUUCAUGGCAGUCAAUCUGAUCCUGCAGGAUGUCAACGACAACCUGCCCCGCUUUCAGCUGCAGAAUUACAUUGCAUACAUUCGGGAGGCACAGGGCUACGAUUUCCCCAUCAUACAGGUUCUGGCCGACGACCUCGACCAGGGUCAGAACGGUCAGGUGACCUACUCCAUCAAGUCAUCCUCCAUGAGCGGCCUCUUCAAGAUCGACCCCCUGACAGGCAGCAUCACCACAGCGGCUAUCAUGGACAGAGAGAUCUGGACGCAGACAAAGCUCGUUGUGACGGCAACGGACAGAGGCAGCCCCCGAUUGGCCGGCUCCGCCACCCUGACAGUGAUCAUUGUGGACCUCAAUGACAACAGUCCCACAAUUCCCAUGCCUCGUGAGAUCCGCGUGCCAGAGAACACCCUAAUUGGAACAGAGAUCACACAGGUGACAGGUAACGAUGUGGACUCGGGCCCCGCCCUCUCCUACACCCUGCAGCUGGACCCCCACUCCCAGGGGAAGUUUGGGAUACACCGGUAUGGAGGAGGGGUGUCCCUGACAGCCCCACUGGACUUUGAGGAGAGGACCUGGUACACUCUGACUGUUCGCUCCUCGGACUCCAGGCACCAGAGUGAGGCCAACCUGACAGUGCUGGUGGAGGACGUGAAUGACAAUGCGCCCGUCUUCACCCAGGACCUGUAUCAGGUUACGUUGCUAGAGCAUUCUCCUCCUGGCAGUCCGGUCAUCACGGUGACUGCCACAGACCGGGACUCGGGGGAGAAUGGGAAGAUCACCUACAGAGUGAUGUCAUCGACCAGAGACGGCUUUUACAUCGACCCUAGCAAUGGCACCCUGUUUUUCACCCAGAGGGUUGAGUUUGACUCCAAGCGCCCCUCGAUCAGUGUGGUGAUCGAAGCUCGGGAUGGAGGCACCCCGGCCCUGUUCGCCAUCACCACCGUCCAGGUGCACGUGUCUGACGUCAACGACAACGCCCCCAUCUUCCACCAAUCAGAAUACAGGGCCACUGUGUCCGAGGACGGCCUCCCUGGAUCAACCAUCCUGACCCUGGAGGCGGUGGACGGGGACCUGUCGCGGGAGAACUGUGGCUUCGACUUCGCCAUCGCCAGCGGAAACACGGGCAACGCCUUCCAGAUUGAGAGCAGCGUGCACUUCCUGGAGGGGCGGGGCUUCCAGACGGUGGGCACCCUGAUCCUGGCGGAGCGGCUGGACUACGAGACCGUGGCGCACUACAACCUCACCAUCGUGGCCUCGGACCGCGGCGUCCCCCAGCGCAGCUCCAGCGUGUCGGCCGUGAUCGCCGUCACCGAUGCGAACGACAACCCGCCAGUCUUCGGGCGCGCCGAGUACAGCGUGGCGCUCAGCGAGGGGGUGGCAGCGGGCACCGAGAUCCUGCGUUUGACCGCCACCGACCCAGACUCCACCCCCAACGCCGAGGUCCAAUACGCCAUCAGCUCGGGGGAUGAGACAGAGCUCUUCUCCAUCGACCGCUGGACGGGAGCCCUGCGGUUGCAGCGGCCUCUGGACCGCGAGAAGCAGUCCUCCCACAUGGUCAUCGUCCAAGCCUCGGAUGGCCGCGGUCACUACGCCCUGGCCCCCGUCACCGUGGAAGUGAAGGAUGUGAACGACAACAGGCCCUACUUUCCUCUGAAGAUGCUGACUGCCAGCAUUCGCGAGAACCAGCCCCCUAACAGCCCCGUCACCAUCCUCCACGCCAUUGACUAUGACAAAGGUAUGUACGGCCAGCUGAGAUACUUCAUGGUGGACAAGUCUGGUGAAGGGAAGGAUUCCUUCUUUGUCAACCAGACCUCAGGGGAGGUCCGGGCCCGCUUGACGUUUGACUUCGAGAAAGUGGACUCUUUCAACUUUGUUGCCCUGGCGAUGGACAUGGGCAACUACUCUGCGACAGUGACGGUGCAAGUCUACGUGACUGGAGAAGAUGAGUAUGACCCCGUCUUCACCUCCUCGGAGUUCUCCUUCCUGGUACCCGAAGGAGCCAAGAAAGGACAGAGCAUCGGACAAGUGCAAGCCAUUGACGAGGACGGAGGCCUGGAUGGAAUCGUCCUCUACUCUUUCGCCAACAGCUCACCCUACUUCGAGGUGAACAAGACAUCGGGCGUGAUCUUCCUGAAGAUGGACAGCUCUGGCAGGCACAGCGUGUCGGGUCGCUCCAAGAGAGAGGCCCGGCAGAUGACCCUGGACGUGACCGCUCACAGUCCUCUGGAGACGUCACGGGUGGCCACCGCCCACCUCACGAUUGACGUCACGCAUACCUCCUUCGGCCUGGCGUCGGACGUCAACAUUCUGCUCAUCAGCGUGGUGGCGGCUUCCCUCGGCGCCAUCGUCAUCUUGAUCAUCAUUGCCGUGGCGCUCUUCCUGGUGAAAUCCAGGCGGCGGAAGAAGGAGGAGGAGGCCUGCAACCGGGCUCCGCCCCCGGGCACGGUCCUGCAGAAGCUGGACGAGUCCAGAGUGACGGGGGGCGAUCGGAUCUACCACCAGACCCUGCCCGGUUACGCCAGUGAUCAGAGCGGGACAGGCGGGGGGUCCUACACACGGGGGGGAUCCCUGGACCCCUCCCACUCCAGCGGGCGGGGCUCGGCAGAGGCGGAGGCGGCUGAGGAUGACGAGAUCCGGAUGAUUAAUGAGUACCCACGUGUCGCCAGCAUAUCCUCCUCCAUGCAGGAGCACAUCUCCGCCCGGGGCCCGGACUCCGGCAUCCAGCAGGACGCCGACCAGCUGUCUGACAUCUCUUGCGAGCCGGGAAUGGAGGCGGGCCAGUGGUUCAAGGGGAAGAAGCUAGGCAGCCUCACUGGGACCCUGCUGUCCGGCCAACACCCCAUCUACCGGGAUGAGGGCGGUGGAUACCUGGGUGUGGGCAGAGGGCUCAGCAUCUCCCAACCCAAGGAUUACGCCUUCCCAGAGGAUGGGAAGCCCUCGGUGGACGGCUCCCUCACCGCCAUCGUGGCCAGCGACGAGGAGCUGCGCGGCAGCUACAACUGGGACUACCUGCUCAACUGGUGCCCCCAGUUCCAGCCCCUGGCCAACGUCUUCACGGAAAUCGCCCGGCUCAAGGACGAGAGUGCGCCCCCGAACCCCCGCAGGCCCUUCCAGCCCAAGGCCAAGGCCGACCCCAAGCCGCGAAUCGACCCGCCGCCCCUCAUCACCUCCGUGGCGCACCCGGGGGCCAAGUCGGUCCCCCCGAAGCCCGCCGUCGGGCGGACGUUCCCCCACCUGGCGUCCCUGCGGCGCUCGCCCAUCAGCCACGAGGGCUCCAUCUCCUCGGCGGCCAUGUCGCCUAGCUUCUCCCCGUCCCUCUCGCCGCUGGCGGCCCGCUCACCGGCCGUGUCCCCCUUCGGGGUCACCCAGGGCCCCUCGGCGUCCAUGAUCAGCACGGCUGAGCACUCUCUGGAGCAGAGCGAGGAGGCCGAGCUGAGGAUCUGA